AUGGUGCUGGGCCCGCCGCCCGAGGAGGGAACCGUCGCCGUUGUGGUGCGCGUGCGGCCCCCGAAUCCCCGUGAGCAGGAGGGGGCGGCGUCCGCCGUGCUGCAUGUUGUGGACCAGCACAUCCUCGUCUUCGACCCGGAGGAGCCCGGUGGCCUCCUGGGUGGCAUCCCGGCUGGUCGAGGACCCAAACACAGGGGCAAAGAUCUGAAGUUCGUCUUCGACCGGGUUUUCGGAGAGGGGGCCACCCAGGAGGAGGUGUUCCAGCAUACCACCCGGGAGGUGUUGGAUGGCGUCCUCAAUGGCUACAACUGUUCUGUAUUCGCCUACGGCGCAACUGGAGCGGGGAAAACCUACACCAUGCUGGGCUCUGAGAAGAGCCCGGGCAUCAUGUACCUCACCAUGGUGGAGCUGUACAAGAGGAUCGAGGCUAGGAAGCACGAGAAGAGCUGUGAGGUGCUCAUCUCCUACCAGGAGGUGUACAAUGAACAAAUUCACGACCUCUUGGAGCCCAAGGGCCCUUUGGCAAUCCGGGAAGAUCCAGAGAAAGGCGUCGUGGUUCAGGGUCUCUCCUUCCACCAGCCCAAAUCGGCAGAGCAGCUCCUGGAGAUGUUGGCCAACGGCAACAAAAACCGGACGCAGCACCCCACUGACGCCAACGCCACCUCCUCCCGCUCGCACGCGGUCUUCCAGAUCUACGUGAAGCAGCAAGACCGCGUUGUUGGCCUUGCUCAGGACCUGCAAGUGGCGAAGAUGAGUUUGAUUGACCUGGCUGGCUCAGAGAGAGCUUCGGUCACCAAAACCAAAGGAGAGCGGCUUCGGGAGGGCGCCAACAUCAACCGCUCACUGCUGGCCCUCAUCAACGUCAUCAACGCUCUGGCUGACGCGAAGAGCAAGAAAACCCACAUCCCGUAUAGGGACAGCAAGCUCACGCGGUUGCUGAAGGACUCCAUUGGCGGCAACUGCCGCACCAUCAUGAUCGCUGCUGUGAGCCCAUCUGUGCUGGCCUAUGAGGACACCUACAACACGCUCAAGUACGCCAACCGGGCCAAGGAGAUCAAGCUGUCGCUGACGAGCAACGUGCUCAGCCUUGAUUGCCACAUCAGUAAAUAUGCCGUGAUCUGUGAGCAGCUGAAAGCAGAGGUGGCAGAUCUGCGGGCGAAACUCCGCGCCUACGAGGAUGGGGCCAAGGACGCAGAAAAGCAGGCGCCGACACUGCUGGCUUCCCCCAGCUCGAGCCCAGUGGGGCUGCCCAGGUUGGAGGGAGCUGUUCCAAAGACACGCCUGGACCCCCAAGUCUGCUGGGAGGGUGACCAAGAGGCAGUUGCAGCACAGACAGACUUGGAAGCUGAAUGGGCUGUUCAACCACAGAAGCUGAAAUCGGAGGAAGAGGCUCGAGAGGAAAUGCCCCCGAGAAGCCCCAGAGCAUCCCAUCGGGCAGAUCUCCAGCUGGAAAUGAAGAAAGCAAGUCUGCCACUACAGGGGUUGUCCGGCUGCAAGACAGAGACGCUUGUUGCUGCUGUCCUGAGUGUUGCCCGAAGGCAGUACUCCCUCCUGAAGGCUGCCAACCUCUUAACUCCUGACAUGGUCUCCGAAUUUGAGGAACUGGAGCGCAAGGUCCAACAGGAAGCUGGUGCAAGCCUGGAGCAAGCCAGGCUGCCAAAUGUACCCGCAGAGAGCAGCGGGGCUGCUUCAGCCCAAGGGACGCAGCAGGACUGUCACGCCGAGGCAUCCGUCAGCAUGCCUGCCGCCAAGGACAGUACCCCCAUGACGAGAGCCGCUCUGCGACGCUUGCAGCAGCUUGCUCCGCUCGCCAGCCCCACGCUGAAGGCUCCUGGCCCGGCUAAGAAGAGGAAGAGGUCAGAGAUGAGAAGUGCUUCCAGACAAGGAACUCCCCACAGCCUCAAAACGCAGGCAAAACGCCAGCGGAAGUGCUCCCUGCCGGAUCUGAGGAAGGGCUCCGGGAGAGAAGUGGAGACUCCCAAGGCGGUGGAGAGCCAGGGCACCCCUUCUCCCAAAGAGACCAACUCCUCCCAGCUACCUCCGUCUUGCACCCCCAGAAUCUGCCCAUGGACAAUCACCAAAAGGCGCGUGCCCCUGGCAACGUCGGCUGCCCAAAACUGCUGCACCCCAGCUGCCCUGCCUCUCCGCGACCUGAACAUGACUUUCGACCUCUCCGAGGACAGCGGUUCUCCCAAUGUGGCUAAGCCAGGGAUCUUCAGCCUACCCCAGUUCCCUGGCUGGGAGAAUGUCCAGUGCCUCUUAAACAAGCAGGACGACCCCUUCGUGCCCAGAGCGUCCAUCCCGGUGUUCACCAUGAGGGGCUCCUCCAUCCCCAAGCCCUCCUCCGUCUCCAAGGCGUCCGCCCCGAAGCAGAAGCGAUCGGUGAGCACCGCUUCCCGCUCGCUGGGAGGGCUCCAGAGCCGCAUUGCCCGCCUCCCAGGCAGCCGGAGGUCCGCGCAGCCCUCGAGCGUCGCAGAACGUCGUUUGGGCAGUCUCGGCCAGAAGGGCAGCAAGAGGAGCACGAAGGAGUUCGGGGCGCUUGGCAGCGCCUCCGCUGCUCCUAACCCUCAGGCUACAAAGCUCCUCCGGCCAGCUGCCAAACCGCACGUCUCUGCCCGGCCACCGCGGUGCUUCUCCGUCCUUCUGCGCCGCGCCAAGCGCCAUGCCGGGGCCCGCAGUCCCGAAGGACCUGCCUCUUCCCUGCCCUCUUUUCCCACCAGCCCUGGCGAGGGCACGGAGUGA